AAUCCUAUUUUUGUUUUUUAAUUUUUUUUUCUGCGUUCGUUUUGAGGCGGGCAGCAACCCCCGCUUGUCUCUCCCGCGCGUUUCGCGGGGCUCCCGCUUUGCUCCCCGCCGCGGAGCGGGGCUCCCCCCUCGGCAGAUCCGUCCCCGUUCGGCCUCCCCCGGGGGGCGAUGCGAAAUUCGGGACCUGACCCUGCGCACCCCGCGCUGGAUGCGCGCUCCCUCCGCCGCCCAGCGCGGCUGUGCGCGGUAAAUUCCCCCCCCGAGGGGAGAAGGGGAAGAUCCGCGCCGCUUCCCCUUCCCUUCCCAGGGGGUGCCGCGGGUCAGGAGCCCCCUGGCAGCACUCGGCCCGCCCGGGGAGCCGGCUGGGCUGAAACGCGGAGUUUUGGGGUGUUUCGGGGAGAAAGUUCUGCUGGAGUUCGUUUUCCCGACGGCCGCUGGGAAUGGAGGGAAGGGCGAGCGUUUGCUCAAAAAAGAUUUUAAAAAAAAUAUUUUCUGCGGGAAAAAAAAAGCCUAAACCUUUUUAGGAGUCCCGAUUUGACUAAUUGCCGUACUUUUUUUAUUCUUUCUUUCUUUUUUUUGGCGGUGUUUUGGUCCCCCCUCGUUCCCCGCUGCAGAGAGCCCGGUCCCGUCGGGGCAGCCCGAGCGGUGUCCGGGGGAGCCGCUCGCCCGCCGGGGCUGUCCGGGGCCGCUCGCCACCGAGGUGUUUGUUUAGCUUCAGCUCCGUCAUCAAGAGUUUCUUGAAAGCCUAAUAAAUCUAUUACUUGCCUCCAAAUCUAAUUACCCGGAGUACUAAUUAGGCACCUGGCGGCCCCCCCACGCCCGACGGCUCCCGCAGGCACCGCCCGGGGCAGGCAGGGCGCUCGGCCGGCUCCCCCUCGCCCGGAUUUCGGCCAACUCUCCUCCCCGCCACAACUUUAGCAUGAUGUCUUAUCUUAAGCAACCACCUUACGCAGUCAAUGGCCUGAGUCUCACAACCUCGGGCAUGGAUUUGUUGCACCCGUCCGUCGGUUAUCCCGGGCCUCUGGCUCCGUUCGCAGCCACGCCGCGGAAGCAGCGGCGGGAGCGCACCACCUUCACCCGGGCGCAGCUGGAUGUGCUGGAGGCUCUUUUCGCCAAGACCCGCUACCCCGACAUCUUCAUGCGGGAGGAGGUGGCCCUGAAAAUCAACCUGCCCGAGUCCCGAGUGCAGGUGUGGUUUAAAAACCGCCGGGCCAAGUGCCGGCAGCAGCAGCAGCAGCAGCAGAACGGGGGCCAGAACAAGGUGCGGCCGGCGAAGAAGAAGAAUUCUCCAGCCCGGGAAGUGAGCUCGGAGAGCGGGACCAGCGGGCAGUUCACUCCCCCCUCCAGCACCUCCGUCCCCACCAUUUCCAGCAGCAGCGCCCCCGUGUCCAUCUGGAGCCCGGCGUCCAUCUCCCCGCUCUCAGACCCCCUGUCCACCUCUUCCUCCUGCAUGCAGAGAUCCUAUCCCAUGACCUACACCCAGGCAUCGGGCUACAGCCAAGGAUACGCUGGAUCGACCUCCUAUUUCGGAGGGAUGGACUGUGGAUCUUACUUGACCCCUAUGCACCACCAGCUGCCCGGGCCGGGGGCCACCCUGAGUCCCAUGGGUGCCAACGCGGUCACCAGCCACCUCAACCAGUCUCCAGCCUCCCUCUCCACCCAGGGCUAUGGAGCCUCCAGUUUGGGCUUUAACUCCACCACCGAUUGCUUGGAUUAUAAAGACCAAACGGCCUCCUGGAAGUUAAACUUCAAUGCUGACUGCUUGGAUUAUAAGGACCAGACGUCGUCAUGGAAGUUCCAGGUUUUGUGAAGAACCUUUGUGGUACCCCAGAGAAACCGCGACGAGAACGAACAGGCUGGGCUGAGUGCCCCAGUUUUAGUCAGGUCUUGGUUAAAUUAAAGAGAAAAAUAACUCCACGGACAAACAAAUGAACAAAAAAAAAAAAACUGACGGCAACAAGAGGGGGACAGUGUUGGUGUGAUCCCGUUCAGACUCAUCUCCUGCUCAGACGCUCUGGAAAAGGAAUAAUAAAGAGGAAAAACGGAGGAGGAAGGCCUUAAACGGACAGAUCAUCUAGUGAGCAGAAACCAGACAGACCCAUCUGUGUUCUUUCUAGUUUUAGCCAAUUGUUGGGUUUCUUUGUUUGGAAGAGGUGGGAGAUCUUCCCACCUGCGGGCCAGUUUUAAAAAAAAAAAAAAAAGAGUCUAGGUUUUUAUUUCUUUUUUUGUGUGUGCGUGGAAAGAUGAUCCUUUACCCAGAGGUUUCCAAUGUGUUAGCCAACCCUCAGUUAAAAUAUUCAGAAUGGACAACAUCUCUCUUUUUCUCCCUCUUUUUGUCCCUCCCUCUUUCUUUCUCUCUCUCGAGCUCAUCCAACUGUUUCAUGCCCAACUUGCUGAAGUUGGCACCCGGAGAACUUGGUUCAGGGCUGUGUGGGUUGUGUGACUGAUUGUCCUAGCUGCACUACUUUAUUUAAAGAUUAAGAAAAAAAAAAAGAUAAUGUUCAUAAGGAGUCAAUAUGUAGUUUUUAAGAGACAAUCAGUGUGUGUCUUAUAUAAAUGGUACAUCUGUGGUUUUUAAUCUGUGCUAGACUUCAAAACUGUGAUCUCCUGUAUUGUAUGCAACUAUGAACUCUGCACCAGCGGGAGUUCUGCUGUGAUUUAAAUAGGUUAUAAUUAUAAGUGAAAUUCAGAGCAACUGAGUUACCUAUUAUCAUCUUUAAAAAAAAUAAUUAAAAAUAUAUAUUUAAAAAUAAUAAAAAAGAAAAAAAAGAAAAAAACGCAAAAAACACGAUCGCCUUUCACCCGAGGUGAACUGCACUGAAACUUUUUACAACAAACUGUCUCUGAAUGAAAGAGGAAAGACCGAAAAUACCCCACCUGAGGACAUUUAACUCCUCUGGAGCUCACUUACUGCUGGCCACGCCGGCAGUAACCGGCAAAUCCGACAGGACUUUGGGCAGUUGCUCUGACCUGGAUGAAUUCAAACCAAGAAAUUCAUUGUCGUUUAUGCUUGCAGAUGUUAACUGAAAAAAAAAAGAAAAAAAAAAGAUAUAUAUGCAUAAACCUUUUUUUUUUUUUUUCCUGGAUUUGGCAGAUAUGUAUAAUUAUAUUAAAAUGGUUCUAGCACACUU